AGCUUGAACAUGUCUGAACAUUCCGACAAGGGAACAAUUACAUUGGAAGGUAUCUGGCUGUUUUCACGGCGCAUGUCUCCACAUAUCUGAAGACUGUUGUAUACAGACCUGUGUGACAUCGAUCAUCGACAUGUGUAACCCAAAUUUGAAUCGGAUCCAAAGGACGGAUUCAGACUAGCCAUGAUCGUAAAUACCUCUCUUGUCAGUGGGACUUCGAGUAUUUGACAGCUGUUUGACGUAUCUGUCGGGAUUCUAUAUUAUAUUGUGAUGGUUUAACGUACUGUUUACAUUAAAUACAUAGAUAUUUACAAUGGCAGACGAACUGUUUACCAAAAAGUUACCGGUUGUAUUCAAAUGUCCGGACCGCGAGGACAGACGCAUGUAUGUGCAUUUAAAAAUGGAGCUGCAAACAGUAUCUUCACCUUUACAUAAAAAGGAGCUUGUUGUUAAAAUGACAGAUGAAAAGGACUUAUUUUUUUUGUACACUCUGCGAAUAGGGGAAGAAGAUUUCCAAAGUUUAAAGAUGCAGCAGGGCCUAUUGGUGGACUUCGCAGCGUUCCCUCAGAAAUUUAUAGAUCUGUUGGAUAUGUGCCUACGAGAGGAACACAAGGAAAUGCCAAAAUUUGUGCUUCACUUUGUGUCUCAGAGUUCAGUAAGUGGAGAUAGAACUAUGUCAAUGCUGAAUGUGAUAGAGACAAAUCCAUUUAAACAUCUGACCCACCUCAGUCUCAAGUUUUUCCCUGGUACUGAUUCUGACGUGAAGAAAUACUUAGCAGAUUGCCUGAAGCAGCUGAGGGAUACCAAUGCAUUGUUACAACAGAGAUUGGAGCACACAGAUGCUGAUCUUAACCACAAGUUACAGCAAACACAGGAGACACUGUCAUCCAAGUCUGUAGAGCUGGACCAUUUGAAGGCUGAGUGGACAGCUAAGCUAACCGACCUGGCUGCCAGACAUAAACAUGAGAUGGCUACAGAGAAGGAAAAGACUCUACAGAUGCAAAGUAAUUAUCAACAGAAGCAGGACAGAGAUCGCAAGGAUAUGGAACAGGCUCACAUGAAAAUUGUGAAACAGAUGGAAUCAAAGUUAUAUGACUUAGAAGGUUCCAAUAAGGAUUUAGUAGACCGUAAGUACAAGUCUGAGUCAAGUAUUCGGGAAAUGAAAUCCAAGUUAUCAGCAUUAGAGGAGGAGCAUGUGCGAGCCAAACAGGAACUACAGGGUUUGAGGAAACAGAACACAUCCCUCGAUGGAGAAUAUCAUGAACAGGAGAAAGUCAUCAAUCAGCUCAGUACCCGUGUGGCCGUUCUUGAACAGGAGGUCAAAGACAAAGAGCAGGUCAUUGCAAGGUCAACUGAUCUCUUAGGGUCUGAACAGGACCAAAAGAGAAAGUUUGAAGAUGAGGUGGACUACAAAAGUAAAGAUAUUCACAAAUUAGAAAACAAAGUACGAGCUAUGUCAGAGGAGCUGAUGAAAGGCAAUGAGAUCAUCAAGAAAUUACAAGGAGAGAUUAAAAACUAUCACGCAAAGAUUAAGCUGAGGAAUCAGAUAGCCACAGAACAGGAAAAGUUAUUGGGAGAGAAGGAUCAUGAGUUGGAGCGACUCAGACAAGAUUUGGCCACAACUAAGGAUAAUCUCAAGCAAAAAACAGAAGAGAGUGAUAAAUUGAAUGAAAAUCUCAAGGGAACAAUGGAAAAAUUAGAAGAAAGUCGUCAGUUGCUGAAAACAAAUGAAAAUGUGAUACAGUGGUUGAAUAAACAGAUCAACGAGACACAAGUGAAUCACCAGAGGACAGGCAUGUUUGAGAUGCCAGGAGCUACUACCAACUUCAGGCCUUCCUCAGCUAUGCAUAAUUAUAGUACCUCUAGCUAUGGGUCCCAAGGAUCACAUGCCGAGAGUCACAGUGCUGGGGUGGCUAUUCCGAGGUCAUAUCCAAAUCCCCACAGGCAUCAACAGGUACAAUACAACCCAGGCAACCCCAGGAAAAGUGGACUUCCCCAACCCAUGCCAAGCAAAGGGAAGAUGCCACCUGUCCCCAUUCCUGAAGAGAUCAGGCCAAACCACUCUACAGGGUCUGGCGGAUCAGGGGGAGAUAAAGAAAAUGAUCCUCCGUUAGAUCCUAAAUACCUACAGAAGCGUGACGAUGUUAUCCCUCUAAGAGGCCUGGUCCAGCAUUCUCCUCCACCUCCCAUACAGCCUAGUGUUUUACCUCCAAACAACGCCAUCCGACUCAGCCAGCAUGGCAUUGUGCCUAGGACUACACAACCACCAUUAGCCUCAGCCUACUUUCCCGGCCAGAAGAUGUCUUGACAUAUGCACGUUAAGAUAUAUUGGACAAAUAGUAGCUAUGGAUGGCUUCGAAGCAACACUUCAGGAUGUGUUGAAGCACAGAACACUGACUAUAGCGUAAAGUCAAAUGUCUUUCAAUCAUUCUUUUACAUGACAAUAUAGAAAUUCAUGACCACACAAUAAUAUAGGCAGAAAUUCCUUUUGGGCUGCUUAAAAUGAAUCUUAAACAGAAUGAAUUUCAUAUACUAGGGUACCACAUCACAGAAAAUAUAGUUUUAAAAUGAAUUCAUCUGUGGACUGAAAAGUUUUAGUAUCAAUGCAGGAAUAUUCACAAUUAUGAUAAUGACUUAAGACACAGAAUUGGCAAUUUCUUCCAUCCAAGGUUUACAAUGGUACACUUACCUGUGUAAUUUUGAGGAAGAGUUUGCUGUAUAUUUGUGGUUAUGACCAGACUGUGGUAGAGUUCAGUGAUACCAUGUUGACUUAUCAAAGGAUUAAACAAAAGAUGCACAAUAGCACAUUUUAAAUAUGAAUUUACCAAGAAUUAAGCUGCAUCGUGAUUAUAGAGCUCUUUGUUCUUAGAUAUAAUUGCUUUCAUUAAGCAGAAAAAGUUGUCCUCCAAAUUAAGGGUGUUGUGUUUAUGUAUGAUCUAUGCAUUAAAAAAAUAACAAAUGAAGAAUGUGCAAGUGGUCUUAAUGUAGGAGGAAACCAGAGUAGCCUGGCAAUACUGGGACAGGGAUAUACCACCAUAUGUACAGAAACUGUUUUUACAUGUAGGAGGGAACCAGAGUAGUCUGGCAAUACUGGGACAGGGAUAUACCACCAUAUGUACAGAAACUGUUUUACAUGAAGGAGGGAACCAGAGUAGUCUGGCAAUACUGGGACAGGGAUAUACCACCAUAUGUACAGAAACUGUUUUACAUGUAGGAGGAAACCAGAGUAGGCUAUCAAUACUGGGACAGGGAUAUACCACCAUAUGUACAGAAACUGUUUUUACAUGUAGGAGGAAACCAGAGUAGGCUAUCAAUACUGGGACAGGGAUAUACCACCAUAUGUACAGAAACUGUUUUACUUGUAGGAGGAAACCAGAGUAGUCUGGUAAAACUGGGACAGGGAUAUACCACGAUAUGUACAGAAACUGUUUUUACAUGUAGGAGGGAACCAGAGUAGUCUGGCAAUACUGGGACAGGGAUAUACCACCAUAUGUACAGAAACUGUUUUACAUGUAGGAGGAAACCAGAGUAGCCUGGAAUUACUGGGACAGGGAUAUACCACUAUAUGUACAGAAACUGUUUUUACAUGUAGGAGGGAACCAGAGUAGUCUGGCAAUACUGGGACAGGGAUAUACCACCAUAUGUACAGAAACUGUUUUACAUGUAGGAGGGAACCAGAGUAGUCUGGCAAUACUGGGACAGGGAUAUACCACCAUAUGUACAGAAACUGUUUUACAUGUAGGAGGGAACCAGAGUAGGCUAUCAAUACUGGGACAGGGAUAUACCACCAUAUGUACAGAAACUGUUUUUACAUGUAGGAGGAAACCAGAGUAGUCUGACAAUACUGGGACAGGGAUAUACCUCCAUAUGUACAGAAACUGUUUUUACAUGUAGCAUCUCAAACUUCAAAAGAGAUUGUUGAAGACUAGUCCAUAUGUUCUAACUUAUAAAACAAUUGUAUGUGUAAAUAAUUAACAAAGAAAGAUUCACAUUAAUAUGCUAACUUUAUGUUAUUGGAAUGUAUAAAACAAAACAAUCUCCUACAUUUGACAGUCUUAUUAAUAUGUAUUAAGUAUAUUUAGGCUAACCUAUACUACAAAGGUUGUCUUGGUGUGGUAUUUGGUCCUUGCUUUAGUGCAAUAUGCUUAAAAUGUUGAAUUAUAAGGCGUUGUUCAUACUGCAGAAUCAGUAAUCUGUUAUUUCAGUCGAUAUUUCAUGAAUUAAUUUGAAUACAUAAAAAUAUACAUACAAGUCUUACAUUAAAAGCACGUUGACACAUAAGGGGAAACAACUCUGCUAUCCUUGUGUUGGUGAACUUUUAUGUUCAGUCUGUCAACAGUACCUUGAUCCUGUAACAGACAGCUUAACAAAAAAGGAAACAGUGCUAUGACUUGUGAUACGGGUUUCUCAAACAACAGAUAAGAAACAGUGCUAUGACUUUUGAUACAAGUUUCUAAAACAAAGAAGUAUGAGAUCAAUUAAUAUUACCUAUUAAGUUACCACCACUGGUAUAUUUAUGGUAUUGUAUGUGUAGGGAGGUGAUAAAUACCUAUUAAGUUACCACUGGUAUAUUGUCGGUAUUGUAUGUGUAGGGAGGUUAUAAAUACCUAUUAAGUUACCACCACUGGUAUAUUGUCGGUAUUGUAUGUGUAGGGAGGUGAUAAAUACCUAUUAAGUUACUACUGGUAUAUUGUCGGUAUUGUAUGUGUAGGGAGGUGAUAAAUACCUAUUAAGUUACCACUGGUAUAUUGUCGGUAUUGUAUGUGUAGGGAGGUGAUAACAAUAGCCAGCUACACUGCAGCAAUACUGAGACAACACAUUUCAACUUGCAAUAAUAUUAUACCAUUUGUUAAUAGUCAUAUGAUACAGUAUAUCUAUUUAUAUAUAACAUGUACGAUUAAUUAAUAAAUGACUGAAAUGUU